AUCGGACAACGUUCUUCUCAUUCCUCGUCGUUCAGCUACGAGAGUUUGUCUCCCUCAGCCCUUCCGCCUCUCUCUCCUUAUUCCCAUUCCGCAUAGAUGUCAGACUCCUAUGCCUCGUCUCGCAACGGCGACUACGCGUCGAAUGGUGCGGCCAAUGCCUCCAGCCCAUCCCUUGUUCCCAAUGGCACAACGACUGCCGUCAUCCGCAAAAAAUUGAUGGGCUACGUUGGGUUUGCCAACCUCCCGAACCAGGUCCACAGAAAGAGCGUCAGGAAGGGCUUCCAGUUUACAGCUAUGGUUGUUGGUGAGUCGGGGCUGGGAAAGUCCACUCUCAUCAACACCCUCUUCAAUACCACCCUCUACCCUCCAAAAGAGCCGCUCCCUCCCUCCGCUGAACGUCCUAAAACCGUCGCUAUUGAGAGCAUUGGUGCAGACAUUGAGGAGAACGGUGUGCGCUUACAUCUUACUGUCGUUGAUACCCCCGGUUUCGGAGACUUUGUCAACAACGACGAGAGUUGGAAGCCCAUUGUUGAGAACAUCGAAUCUCGUUUCGACUCUUAUCUCGAGCAGGAGAACCGCGUCAAUCGUACGAAAGUCGUCGACAACCGUGUGCAUGCAUGCUUGUACUUUAUCGAGGCGACUGGCCACUCUCUCAAAGAGAUUGACAUCGAAUUCAUGCGUCGACUGCACACCAAGGUCAAUCUGAUACCUGUCAUCGCUAAGUCGGAUACAAUGACGGAGGAAGAGGUUACGGAGUUCAAAGCUCGUAUCCUCUCAGACAUUGCGCACCACAACAUUCAUAUCUUUGAAGCUCCUACGUACGAGAACGAGGACGAAGAGACCAUCGCCGAGGCGGAAGAAAUCGCGAGCAAAAUACCGUUUGCCGUGGUGGGCUCCGACAAGGCAGUCGUCACGCCCGACGGGCGAGAAGUUCGUGGGCGUGCCUAUCCAUGGGGAGUUGUCGAAGUCGACAACGAAGAUCACUGCGAUUUUGUCAAAUUGAGACAGAUGCUUGUGCGCACCUACAUGGAGGAAUUGCGCGAAUACACCAACGAUGUUCUUUACGAGAACUGGAGAACGGAUAAACUGCUGGGCAUGGGUGUCGCGCAGGAUUCAACCGUAUUCAAGGAGAUCAACCCUGCAGCCAGAAUGCAGGAAGAGCGCGUCCUGCACGAGGCCAAGCUUGCUAAGAUGGAGGCUGAGAUGAAGAUGGUGUUCCAGCAGAAGGUGCAAGAAAAAGAGGCAAAGCUCAAGCAGUCUGAGGAGGAGCUGUACGCCCGGCACAAGGAUAUGAAGGAUGCUUUGGACAAGCAGCGGCUCGAUCUCGAGGAGAAGAAGAGGAAAAUCGAAAGUGGGCGACCGAUCACACCCGAGAAGAACGCGGUGAGUACAGCUCAUACGUCUCGUGGCCCCUUCAGUCUGACAUAUCUCGUUCCAGACCGGCAGACGAAAGGGUUUCCUCCGCACUUGAUCGUUCUCUUGAAUUUGCGCACAUGUGGCUACACGGCUGUAUGUAUAUGGCAUUUUUAUUAUUGACACUUUUUCUCUCGCCGGCUUGUUCUCGUACACCUCCAUACUCAUUCUUUACCAUCUUGAUUCCCUACGAAUACCUACGUUCUUUACGGAUCUAUUGUUCCAUACCAUAACCUAGUUUCCCAUGGAGAAUGCAUCCUCGGAGUAUACCAUCUCA